AUGGGGUUAGUUCAUGGACUGCAGUUUGUGACAAUCAUAUGCAUGAUGUUGAGUUGUGAUUCUCGCACGAAUAUGCAUGCAGAGUUUGAGAUCCUGCACACCUGGGACAGCAAUCCUGUGACUCAUGACCCCAUCAGGAUCAUGUUCUCUCCUGGUGUUAGAGGGCUAAAAAUGAAGGCCAUUGGUCCCUUCUUCAAUGACCCUGAGGCCCCAGCAGGACCACCUGGCCAGCCCUUCCCUGGACUCUGGGAUUAUGAAGUUGUGGAGUCCUUCUUUCUUGAUAGUACUACAGACAAUUACUUAGAGGUGGAGUUUUGCCCACACGGUCAGCACUUGGUAUUACUGCUGUCAGGGGUCGGCCAAGCAUUCCAGGAACAACUGCCAAUAGAUUUUAAUGCUACAAUCAUCGGAGACAAAUGGAUGGGUGAGGCUCUUCUUCCCUGGAUGUACUUUCCUCCAAAUGUGAACAAGAUGAACUCUUAUGCCAUUCAUGGCUCUGGAGAGAAGCGCAUAUAUGAAGCACUCUAUCCCAUCCCCAGUGAUGAGCUUGUUGAGGGACAAAAGCCAAACUUCCACGCCCUGAAGUAUUUUGGCAAUUUCCGCCUUCAAAGCAUCAUGGGGGAUGGCUGGCACCAGCCAGAGUCUGAUCUGUGGACGGGGAAACCAUGA